AUGGCUUCUUCCUGUGAAGCGGGUUUUAAGUUGUGGGUUACCCUGUUGGUGACAGUGUGGGUUCUUGCCUCGACGGGCAGUGCUCAACUGGCAGCCAACUUCUACGCACGUUCAUGCCCUAACCUUCAGCCCCUUGUGCGCAAUGCUAUGCGAGAAGCCGUCAAUAGACAGCCCCGACUUGGAGCCUCGAUCCUCCGCAUGCACUUCCAUGACUGCUUUGUCAAUGGGUGUGAUGGGUCAGUUCUGCUGGACGACACGGCCAGCUUCACCGGUGAGAAAAAUGCCCGCCCCAACCAGAACUCGCUUCUCGGUUUCGAGGUUAUCGACACCAUCAAAACCCGGGUGGAAAGGGCUUGCAAUGCCACGGUUUCUUGUGCAGAUAUCCUUGCACUUGCUGCCAGGGACGGUGUCGCAUUGGUAUGA